GUAAAGGUACAUCAGAUAAUGGCAUCUGUGGCCAAACCCCAGUCCCACUGCUGGGAAGGUCUGUGGAGGGACUGCAGGGCCUGGUAAGAAGCCCGCGGGGGAGUGUGCUGCUGGCUCCUCUACUGAGGCCCCACCGGGGAGAGUCCAGCACCCCAAAAUUCGCCUGUGUCUGCUGUCUCUUGGCCAUGAGUGAAUUCCCAUCUUUGAUCCCUAUGGGGUCCUUGGGGAUCCAAGUAAACAGACGCCCCCAGAGCUCCCCAGAGGAGGUUCCUGCAGCUGCUUCAAAGCCUCGACACAGCCUGGGCAUUCUCCAUGUCUCCUACAGUAUCAGCCACCGAGUUGGGCCCUGGUGGGACUUCACAUCUUGCCGGCAGCGGUGGGACAGGCAGAUCCUCAAAGAUGUCUCCUUGUACAUCGAGAGUGGGCAGAUCAUGUGCAUCUUAGGGAGCUCAGGCUCGGGGAAAACCACGCUGCUGGAUGCCAUGUCCGGGAGGCUGUGGCGCACGGGGACCUCUGGGGAGGUGGUUGUGAACGGCCGGCCACUGCACAGGGAGCAGUUCCAGGACUGCUUCUCCUAUGUCCAGCAGAGCGACACACUGCUGAGCAACCUGACUGUGCGUGAGACACUGCACUUCGUGGCACUGCUGGCUGUGCGCCGCAGCUCCCAGGGCUUCUUCCAGAGGAAGGUGGACGCAGUCAUGGUGGAGCUGAGUCUGAGCCAUGUAGCAGAUCGACUGAUUGGCAGCUACAACCUUGGGGGGAUUUCCAGUGGCGAGCGGCGCCGGGUCUCCAUCGCAGCCCAGCUCCUCCAGGAUCCCAAGGUCAUGCUGUUUGAUGAGCCUACUACAGGCCUGGACUGCAUGACAGCAAAUCAGAUCGUUGUCCUCCUGGCAGAGCUGGCUCACAGGGACCGCAUUGUGAUUGUCACCAUCCACCAGCCACGCUCUGAGCUCUUCCAGCUCUUUGAUAAAAUUGCCAUUCUGAGCUAUGGAGAGCUGGUUUUCUGUGGGACACCAGCGGAAAUGCUUGAUUUCUUCAGUGGCUGCAGUUACCCUUGUCCUGAACAUUCAAACCCUUUUGACUUUUAUAUGGACCUGACAUCAGUGGAUACCCAAAGCAAAGAACGGGAAAUAGAAACCUGCAAGAGAGUUCAGAUGAUUGAAUCUGCCUACAAAGAAUCAGCAAUUUAUCACAAAACCUUGGAGAAUAUUGAAAGAACAAAACACCUGAAAACAUUACCAAUGGUUCCUUUCAAAACCAAAGAUUCUCCUGGAGCUCUCUCUAAACUGGGUGUUCUCUUGAGGAGAGUGACGAGGAACUUAAUGAGAAAUAAGCUGGCGGUGAUGAUGCGUCUUGUUCAGAAUCUGAUCAUGGGUUUGUUCCUCAUCUUCUAUCUUCUGCGGGUCCAGAACGAUGUGCUGAAGGGUGCUGUCCAGGACCGUGUGGGGCUCCUAUACCAGCUUGUGGGUGCCACCCCAUACACAGGCAUGCUCAACGCUGUGAAUCUGUUUCCUGUGCUGCGAGCUGUCAGCGACCAGGAGAGCCAAGACGGCUUAUACCAGAAGUGGCAGAUGCUGCUGGCCUACGUGCUGCACGUGCUCCCCUUCAGUGUCCUUGCCACCAUGAUGUUCAGCAGUGUGUGCUACUGGACUCUGGGCUUAUAUCCUGAGGUUGCCAGAUUUGGAUAUUUCUCUGCUGCUCUCUUGGCCCCCCACUUAAUUGGUGAAUUUCUAACUCUUGUGCUACUUGGUAUGAUCCAAAACCCAAAUGUGGUCAACAGCAUAGUGGCUCUGCUCUGCAUUGCUGGGAUACUUGUGGGAUCUGGACUAGUAAGAAACACAGAAGACAUGUCCAUUCCUUUUAAAAUCUUCAGUUUUACAUUCCAAAAAUACUGUUCUGAGAUUCUUAUAGUCAAUGAGUUCUAUGGACAGAAUUUCACUUGUGGCAGCUCAGAUGGUUCUGUGACAACUAAUCCAAUUUGUGCCUUCACUCAAGGAAUUCAGUUCAUUGAGAGAAUCUGCCCGGGUGCAACAUCCAGAUUCACAACAAACUUUCUGACUUUGUAUGCCUUUAUCCCAGUUCUUGUCAUCCUAGGAAUAGUUGUUUUUAAAAUAAGGGAUCAUCUCAUUAGCAGAUAGUAAAGAACAUUGCUGCGAAAAUGACCUUAAGCCCUAGAUGUGCAGGACUAUUUUGAAUGUCUGAAAUAAGAAAGCCACGUGUUUUUGAUAGUACAUCUUAAGUCUUUUAACUCCAUCUGUGCCCCUCAGAUCCAUGCAGGCUUUGAAUGAUAUUCUGACCUGCAGGGACAUGUGCUAUUUGGAAAUUGUGAGUGAGCUGGUCCAAAAAUGUAAAUAGUAAUAAUUCAUAAAGUUAUGAGAGACUAGUGUGACUGUUUUUCUUUGUUCUAGACACAGAAAAAUAGGUCAGUUAAAAAAUUAUGUUUACAGGGCACCUGGCUGGCUCUUUGGUGGAGCAUGCGACUCUUGAUCUCAGGGUUGUGAGUUCGAGCCCCACGUUGGGUGUAGAGACUACUUUUAAAUAUAAAAAAAAUUUUUUUUAAAUUAUGCUUACAUUUGAUACAAUAUUUGUUAAGAAUAUUUGAGUGGUUAUUGACUGUAAGUAACAAAAAAAAGAGCAUUGUGGGUUUGAGUGAAGCAAAGCAUCCUGCAAAAUUGGGGGUGGGUGGGAAUGCUUUAUCAUUGAAAAACCCAUAUUUAUGUGUACAUGUCCACAUGAGGGUCUGAGUUACCCAGUCACACUGAAAGGAUGUUGGACAGAUGCUGCAUGAUGAAGACCCUGAUACAGAGCACUUGAUGAUUUUUUGGGAGAUAAAAUGAAAACCUGCAGGAAUGGGCUCAACUGAGAUCACAGCAUACCAGACAGACCUCAGAGAGGAAACUGAGAGAAGAACAGGGCUGGUCACACAGGCCAUGUCACAAAGAAUGAGUGAUGUGAUACCGAACUCACCACGACCACUAAACCUUCAAUACUCCUGUCGUGAGCACAAGCAGAGGGAGAAGCAGGCUCCCCGCUGAGCAAGGAGCCCGAUGCAGGACUCAAUCCCAGGACCCUGGGAUCACGACCCAAGCUGAAGGCAGAUGCUUAACCGACUGAGCCACCCAGGCAUCCCAAGAGGAUUUUCUUUACACUGUAAUUCUUCAUGAUUGCUUUAGAGAGCCAUUUUAAAAGUGAAUGCAAAACGAAGAAAGGUUUCCACCUUGCCUCUUAAGAACUUCUAAAGUUUUCGAUCGUAGGUGGACCACAGUCUUAAAACACUUGAAACAGCAUCUUCGAUAAAGGACGGGCCCCUGAAGGUGAAAGGCUAGUGCUGAGAAAAAUAUCCUAGUUCCUGCUCCCGUGGAUGGCUGUGUUCAGGUUACCCUUGCAACAGUGUGACGGCCCAAGUGACACAGCUCUACAAAUCCCACCCCAGAGGCUGUCGGGGCAUUCAAUUUAUAGUGCUUGCUGUAAAUUUGGGUUCUGCACAUUGUCUAGUUUUAGAGAUCCGGGAAAAUUUUAAGUAUCAGGUCAUGAUGAAUUUGCCAGCUUUUGCAUUCUUACAUCAGACUUAUUCUAUCACAAAUGGCGCUAGCUGGGCAUAUAUGGAACACAGUCUCCAUUUUUAACCAUUCUCCUGAGAGAUCCUGUGUUUGCACACUUUCAGACUGGGUAGUCCUGAAUUUUUCAGGUACAAGAAGAGUUUAAGUAUGUCUGAAUAGUCUAACAAAAAACAAAACCAUUUAAAGAAUCCCACAGACAAAAGAAUAUUGUGAAACGGUCUCCCUAGCACCAAGGUAAGAACUACCCAUCUUCAACAUAAAGUAAACUGGAAAACCCAAAGAGGAUAUGUGAACAUUAUGUCAUCUCUGGGUGGUGGAAUGAUUUAAAGUCCUUCUUCAUGAACAUCAGAAUUUUUUUUUUUAUAUAGUAAAGAUGUAUUAUUUCAGUUUUUUUUUUAAGAUUUUAUUUUUAAUCUCUACACCCAGCAUGGGGCUCGAACUCAUGACCCCAAAUAUCAAGAGUUGCACAUUCUACCAACCGAGCCAGCCAGGCGCCCCUUCAAUAAUUUUGAAAGUAAAAAAAAAAAUUAAAUACAUUGAGAAAAAUCUAUGGAAUUCUAGAGGUAUUUUGUGAUAAAACUCAAGAUGAGAUAAAAUAAAUGUUGAG